AUGAAUCUUACUGAUGGCAGCUGGACAGUAAUGCAGCAGCGUUUUGAUGGUUCUGUGGACUUCAGGAAGAACUGGAUAUCCUACAAAAAAGGAUUUGGAAACCCUCCAGACGGAGAAUUUUGGCUAGGACUGGAAGACGUUUACCAUUUAACCAGUACAAGUAAAUACAUUCUUGUGGUAGAAUUGGUCGACAAGGAUGGGAUUAGAGGCUGUGCAAGUUUUGAGGAGUUCUCAAUCGGUCCAGAAUCAGAUGGUUAUAGACUGAACGCUUGGAAAUAUCAGGGCACGGCGGGGAACAGUUUAGCCUAUCAUAGCAACAUAAAGUUCUCGACACUGGAUCGCGAUCAUGAUAACAGAGAGGCAUCGAUGAUGAGUUGUGCUGACGAGUACAUGGGAGGUAACUGGUACAAUGCCUGUGUGGUCCAAAAUUUGAACGGUCUAUACCUCCAACUGCCAAACAGCCCCAAAGCGAUGGUUUGGAAAACAUUUCGUAAUUUCACUGGUUUACUGAAAAGCAAAAUGCUAUUGAAAAAGAAAUCUGAAGUUUAUAACUUUACAUAA